GUUUGCUAGUCACUAGUGAUAGAGGGGGAAUUGAUCCAACGCGAGAAUGACGUGGGCACAUUCAAACGGUUGGUCUCUGCCGCUGUCAGAUGGUAGACAGACACGGCCGUCGGUCAGCAUCUGUCAAAACCUCUUCAACGAUGAGAUAAUAUAUGCCUGCCCAGAAAGCUGCAACUUCUUCUGCAGGUUCCCCCUGGUUCUCACACGUGAUAUAAUUGUCCAAUGACGUCGCAGCAGUUGCCGCAGCCUGCAACAUUUUCUUACUAUUCGAGUCUACCACUACUUGCGUACCACUACUGCAAUGUCGUCUCAAUUUUGAGCCUCCCUCGAUCGCCGGUGCCCACUCGGAGCUCACUUGUCUUGGCGGUCACGGUGAUACCCAUUUAUUUUUGGACAAGAAGUUUCAUCCUCCCUUGUUUAUCAUCCUAUUUGUACACGCCGAAUUCGGGGGCCGUACAAACUGCUGCGUCAAUCAGAAGACCCAUAAAGGUGUACUGUGUACAACUUCCUCUCUGGAGUAGCACACACUCCUGCGGCUUUUGGACUUCCCAUUGGGUGUCGCCGGCAGGUGUUCACGCUGUCAUGGACAAUGUAAAGCGCCAACGUAUCAUGUUCCCAUUUUAUUGCGACACCCAUGAUUUCCAUCAAAAUCAUCGAAACUCCACAAUGAUCUACGUCCGGAACCAUCCGCUGAUUGAUUGGUUUGAGAUCCUGUUCCGUUGAUAAGCACUCCCGAACUAGCAAGCCAAGUGGAAUACAUGACCCACCUAUAUAUACCUGGAAUUUUGAUUACCUCCCUCCAAACGCCUCUGACAGUCCCUCAAACUCUCUGUCCACGAUGGUCGAGUUUCUAGCGCAGAUGUAUAUCACCGGGAUCUGGCUGGAGGCGGUCUUGUAUGGUAUGUAGCUGACAAAUUUCUUUUGUGUCGCC